GUAAUUCCCCGGUCAUGGUUGACGGCCAUCGAGUGAAAUCACUCAGAAGUGAAGAUGUAUCUGUGUAUUUAAAGACUUUCACGGACGCGUACCGGAGUCUAAUUGCUGGCCAGUAAAUUAUGUAAAUUUCCACACAUGAAGCGUUUAUACCUAUAAACACAGAAACGAAACUAGUUUCAAACAGUUUGUGUUGCGCUUUGGCGGGAGCACAGUAUUUGAAAAUAAUUUGUAGAUUUAGUGGCACUCUAUAAAUAAAACGAGAACGAGUUUGAUCGAACUUUCAUUUACGAUAUGAUGACUAAACCUUGCGGCUAAUGUGUUACUUGCUAUAAUUUAUUGCGGCUACAGUCAUUAUCAAGUGUAGUGUAGUUUGUUAUUCGAAAAUUGUAACUAGCAAUGUAUCAGUUUGUGUUUACAACUGGCUUAAAUGGGGACUCGGAAUUUCAUAAGGAUUUGAGCGCAACGAACAAUCUUUGCAAACUAGUGCAAGUAACUGUAAAUGCGUCUUCAGCGGCUAAUUGUGGAAGACGAUGGUGAAAAAUUGCUACGUCUUUUUUAUUUUAGUGGUGCUUGCGGUAACGGUGUAUAUUGCAGAGACGCGACCUCAAUUUAAAGAGUCGCUUGAAGCCAUCUCCAAAGUGACUGAAGGGAUUAAUGAUAGCGCUAUCACUUUUAUUAAACAACUAACCGGCGAGGCGUUAAAAGAUGACAAGAAUAAAACUAAAACCAGGAUUUUGUUCCGAGGGGAUUUGCUGGGCGGGGAGUUCGGCGACCAGGACAUAAUAUUUCCCGACACGUACCAAGUGAUUUUCAAUGAUGUUCCGAAAAUCGACGGUCCUCCUAAGUGUGCCGAAGGCAACACUUUUUGUGAGGACUUUGAUUCUUAUCCUUACAACCACGUGAAAAACGUGCUUAAGCGCAAGCGGGUGCAUACUGAUUUAUUCGGCAAGGACGAACCCCUCGAUGAGCGCUACAGCAUCACCAACAGAAACGGCGACUUCGAGGCGUUCAUCUGCACGAGCAUAUCCAAAACGAUUUUCCCCCGAGUUGGCAUCAACAAAAACAACAAGUGGAAGGUCAUAAUCAAUCAAGAGGAAGACGGAUACAUUCAAGGGAUUAGGACGGAAAUUUGCCGAAAGUAAAGGGUUGAAAGUUGAUUUCUGUGUCGGUGACAGAGUGUUGCGGGGAAGGGGCGGCUUGUGACCUCAUCGGCGACAGGGCGAACGGCUACAUAACCAGCUGCAAGCAAAAAUACAUGUUGCGGAGGAUGAUGUCUUUAUCUGAAAAUGGGGAUCCUGUCCCGGACACAUUCCAGUUACCGUCAGCCUGCUGCUGCUCUUACAGGAAGGAUCUGAGUUUUUUGUCCCGAUUUGGCGCCGACGAUGUUUCCUUAAGGUCGAAAGGGAAAGGAAAAUAAAAUAAAGAAUGUGAUAUAAGUUAUGUGAUUGAACUUUUUAUUGUAAAAACGGCAGCGGGAUUAUUUAUUGAAUAAAAUCAUACAGAAGCAAACCACAACCAAUGAACGAACCCUUCUCCCCACCUCUGGCCGAAACCCUAAACCCUUUCAACUUUCCUAAUCACUUAUUUACGAUUCUAUUCAACAUUAUUCUUCGUGGCUGCAAACGUCGAAUGUGGGUGAAGUGUGUUUUCGUCUGUGUUUAUUUUAUGACUAUGGAAGUGGUUAGUUAUUUCUUUUCUCUUUUUCUGGAUUUUCUUAUAGUUUUUUUAGUCAGUAUUCAAGCAAGUCCAGCCUGGCAGAGAAACAAUCACAUCGUUUUUCCGAACUCGCUAGAAGAGCAUGAAACUUUCAUUGCUCCAAAGUGUAGCGGUAACAAAACAUUUUGUGAGGACGUCGGACAUUACCCCAAAAAUAAAUUUAGCGUAAUAUUAGAAAACACCACAUACGGGGAAGAUUAUUUCAUGCCGCAAAGCACCGCCGAGGAAGAAUCUAUCAAAAAUCGAUUGUACGGAGUAACUGAAUAUUACAUCUGCAAUUCUCACGUCCAAACGCAAUAUCCCAAAGUGGCGCAAAACGUCAGAAACGAGUGGAAAUAUGUUUACAAUUUUGAUAACUACAAGCAAGGCGUAAGGACAGAAGAAUGUGUAGCUGAAACAGCUUGCAGAUCAUUCCAGGGAACGCCGCGGGAAGUUAGGACGAAGUGUAUGCAAAAGUACAGCGAUAUGUUGCUGUUGGUUGCCGAUGAAUACGGAAAACCUGUGUGGGAUUUAUUCUGGUUUCCUUCCGCCUGUGUCUGUGCAUACGAACCAAUUAUUAAUUUUAACCGAGUUUAGGAGAGUUUGCUGACAACUAAUUUUCCUUAAAUUGCGAUCAAUAGACGUGUCUUUGAAGCUGAAAUGUUAUACCAUUUCCCGGUACAAUAAAACUUUGAUUCUAUACAUUCGUUUUUUUUUUCCACCUUUUCUAAUGAAAUAAAAGUAAACAUGAGUUUUGAUGUCACGGCGACCUGUAAAUUCUUGUGAAAGAAUUUCGUAGUCGAAUACCCUUCGGAGCCGGUCUCCUGCUGUUAGUGAAAAUGAUGGUCAAGGUGGUGGACGGUAAGUAUCAUUAACUCUUAAUCCUUUGCUGUUAGUGUCAGAUGUACCUGUUCAGAAGACAGUACACAACCUUCAGUGGCAGUGGAAGAAAUGUGGGUUUUUGUGUUGGUUUUUGCCGUUUUCAAAGAGGUAGGAAUAUAUCUUGUGAAGCGCUGUGUGAUUAAGCUGUUACAAGUUUGAUUAAUAAAUUGAUUUUUAGUUGGGCACCAUGUCAUUUAAUCCAGCCAAGAUGGGUAAGUUUAGCAAGCGUUAAUCAGUGUAAACUAAUCUCAGAGAAUAUAACAGAAUAACACAAAGUUUUUUAAUGAAGACACUCUAAUUUUUUCUCUCAUUCGUCUUCUAAUUGUGUAAUUUUAAACUGGUUUUAAUGAGGAAAGAAGUAGUAAAUUCGUAGUUUUAGAUGAUCGCAAGGGUUUGACCUUUCCGGAUUCGAGUGAAAUUGGGGGUGAUUUUUUGUACGAGACGGUGGUCCCCAACUGCCAAAAUCACACGUACUGUGAACACUUGGACCGCUACCCUAAAGAACUAUUUUCCAAAAUAUUAAAAAGCCGCGAAAAGGAGUUUUCUCGGUACUUUCAGAGUAUGGCAGUAAUAGAGCCCAUUAUGAGUAGGAACCAAGACACUUCCUGUAUUUGUGCAUCACGCAAAAGUAUUAUAUACCCAAAAGCGGCAUAUAAUAUAAAAAAUAAUCUGAAAUUUAUCUACAACUUCGAUGGAUACAAACAAGGAGUGUCCGUAGAGGUCUGCGUGAUGUAAGUUUUUUAAAUUUUAUUGUGAAUAAGGACGGACUUUAGUACGUGUUUUAGAAAAAAUCAAAUGUGCAAAUUUUACGAGAAGGUGAGAAAGUUAAAAACAAGGUGUCGACAAAAGUUCGUCGAAAAAUUGUUACUGACGGCUGAUGAAAAUGGAAGACCGUACGCUGAUAGGUACAGAUUUCCAUCAGCUUGUGUCUGUUCGUACAAGAUAAUUAGCUCUAAUGUGUUUUUUACUUAAAGUUGGGGUAAGUUUCGUAAUUUAAAUUUUGUUUCACCUACUAACUCAUUUUUAGUAACUGCAGAGUAAUACAUUUACUUUGUGGAGAAGUGAACUGAGACGAUUUUAUCCCUGUAAUUAUCGCAGUAUUAGGUGGAAGAAAACGAUAGGUAUUAAUCACAAUUUAGUGAAUCCCAGCUAAUAAUUCUUGAAAAGUAAUUACGUGUGAUUUGUGUGAUUAUGACGAAUUGUAGGUACGUAAGUUAUUGUGGACUAAUGUGUGUUUUUAUAAUUAAAUUUUAGCAAUUUUAGUCCGGACGUUAGUCAAGUUUUUAUUUAUUGUUACAAGCUUUACCAGUGUCUGAAACUGUUUAAGCAUUUUAUGAAAUAUUAUGUUAGAACUAGCUUAAGCAUUAAAAAUGUACAAACAGACGAAAAGUAUUGUAGUAUUGUAAAUUUAUGUGUACUAUAAACUGUAAUUAAUAAAGCUGUUGAUGUUCGAAUGAACUUAUUUUAUGUGGGAAAAUAAAUAAAAUUUGUUGCAAACAGGAAAGCUGUUAAUAACUGAAACUUAAAUGAAUUUCCUUCAGUUUUGUUUGAGGAACGGUGUGGUCUGAUGUGCGUCCGUGAUGCUGAGUUAUUUGUAUUUGAAAUAAGAAGCCUCUAAUUUAAUAGUAAUAGGUGAGUUGGUUAAAUUCAACCAAAACGUAGUGUGGGCUCUUCUUGCACCUUUAUUGUAACAAAAAAAUUCCACAUAUCUCACUCUUAAUACUUUAAUUAAUUGCUGUUGUGUUUUGAGGGGGGAUUUAUUGGUUUUAUGAAUUUAUUUAAAUAGUUUAAAAAAAAUUUUGGCUUGUGGGGCUAAGGAUAUUCUAAUAGAAUUUUAAAUAAUUCAUAUUUGUUUAGUUUUUUCUGGAUUGUUUUUGUUUUGAAGAACGGUUUUUUUUCUUUUUAGAAUUUAUUUUAUUGUUGAGGGAUUAACUUGAUUUUUGGAAUUUAAUUUGUUAAUAAUUAACUCUAGAAGAAUUGUUAUGACUUUUUUAUUUGACUGAAUAUCAUUUCUUUUUAUGAGAUUUGUAUUAUUUAUUUCUAGUAUAGUAAUUUUUUAUAGGCGUGAAUAUAUUGGUAGGGGCUCCAAAAUGUAAUUUUAACAUUCGGUCCUUUCGUACUAGAACAUUAACAUAAAUAAAAGAUAGAAACCAACCUGGCUCACGCCGGUUUAAACUCAGAUCAUGUAAAAUUUUAAAGGUCGAACAGACCCAAUAUUCCAGCUUCUACACCGAAAAUUAAUUUUAAUCCAACAUCGAGGUCGCAAACUUUUCUGUAAAUAUGAACUUUCAAAAAAAAUUACGCUGUUAUCCCUAAGGUAAUUUAAUCUUUUAAUCCAAAAUUCAGGAUCAACAAUUCACUAAUCAGUGUAAAAACAAAAAAAAAGUUAAAUCAAUUUUCCUAUCACCCCAACAAAAUUCUUUAAACUAUCAAGGAAAAGAAAACUUCAAUACCAAUAAAAACUUAAAAAAUAAAACUCUAUAGGGUCUUCUCGUCUUUUUAAAAAAUUUAAGCAUUCUCACUUAAAAUUCAAAUUAUAAUACAAUUAAUUAGAGACAGUUAAUUUCUCAUUAAACCA